AUGGAAGAUCAAGUUACUCGUUUCAAGAAUAAGUAUCUGAUAAAUCGUAGUAACACAAAAAGAAUGACAAUACGUAAACCCUAAUUAGAUCAUUCACCAGAUAAUUGGAAGGAAAUGUUUGGUAACUUCUUAAAUGAUAUCUCGUUAAAAAGGAAACAUCAUAGAGAGAAGACUAUGAAUGUAUAAUUAUAUUUAUAAAUAUAUUAGCCUCUUUAAGAUCCAUUAGUUCAUGAGAAUCCUCUUUUAAUAUAAUGUACAACUUAAAGAUUUAAGUUGGAAUUAUUUAAGUAUCUCGAAGGAGAAUAAAGUGUUUAUGAGAUGAUAAAUUCUAUCAAUUUCCCUGGAUUAAAAGUAAUUAUAUACUUGGACAAGAGUAAGAAAUAAGUCCAGACUAAACAACAAUAAAAAAUCAUGUCCAAAAGUUGCGAAGUUUUAGAAAUCAUCACCAUAGUGUUCCUAUAUAUGAUAAUUCUAUUCAUACAAUGUAAAUGA